AUGGUUUGCACGCUGGGCUCCGGGGGAUUCGGCACCGUGAAGCUAGUGCACGCAAGGGACAACGAAGCACAGUGCUUUGCCAUGAAGGUCAUCGAGAAGAGCCAUUUGCUUGAGGCGAAGCUACUGGAUCCCAAGAUCAAGCAGCGACAGCAAACGGAGCGGGAUGUUCUCGUGGCCUGUGCAGAUCAGCGACACCCAAGCAUCGUGCAGCUCCUCGAAGCAUUUCAGACCAACAGAAAGCUGUACUACGUUUAUGAAUAUUGCGACGGCGGCGAGUUGUGGGACCUGNGGAUUAAUGAGGAUUAUUAUGCCACCCCAACUCGACAUAGUGUUGAGAAAAUCAAACUACAAGCAUAUCAUAGGCAAGACACAGUGUGCAGUCAUGGUGGUGCGUCUGCUUAUUCACACGCAGCAUGA